AUUUGCAGGCCAUAUCGUCUCUCACCUUUUGUUCCUCGCGCCUCUCGUCCCUUGUUUUGCACAAAUUUUCUCUUCCCUCCCAUGCUCUAUCCUUGCAUAAAAUUGUUUCCGCUCAACUUCGGGGCCUCCCUAGGGGCAGCAUGGAAGAGACAUGGACAGGUCUGGGCCUGAGAGCUCGGUGCUCAAGGCACCGCGGAAGCGCUCCUUACAAUCCGCUGCAAUCAGAAGCUCUGUUCCAGGACCCAUCAGAACAAAUGGGUAAACCAUCACGGCAAGCCUCUCCCCCCCCCUCGCUGAGCAGAAAAACCGGAGCUUUGGAAGAGUGGACGGGGCGCGGACGGAUUCUUUCAACAGCCAACGCGAGGGGGAAAAUGGAUCCGACUUCCUGCAGGUCCCGGCAUAGCGUCACAGAGGACAAAAGGCGGAGGGCUCGGCGAAGGGUAGAGGGCAAACUGCAGAAGAUGAGUAAAGAGAGGGAAGGCGACACCCCGUCGACCAUUUCGCAAGGCCAGUCCCACUGCCAGGCACAAUGUCAACACCAGCUAGCCAGCCAGCCAGCCGCGGAGGAGUUGGUAACUGUGGUGUAUCCGGGCCACAUUCUAGAUACCUACGCACAGUACGUACUUGGGUACCUUUUCUCCCGCUAGACGAGGUCUCUUCAGGCGGGGGAGGAAUCCCGUUAUCCUAGAAGGUACGAGCGAGGUACAAAUAUACAAGUAUGUACAGGGGUCCCUACCUAGGGAGACACGUACAUCAGCAGAGGUAAUCUUUCGCCCUUGCUCUGCCUUGCCCUUAACUCCUCGCUGUGGUGUAGGUACCUAGGUAUGUACACGUAUCCGCGCAUGUGUUUGCUUUGAA